CAUAUAGCCACUCCGUUUACCGUAACCUAGCUUGGAACCGCCAAGAAUAUGAAAACAUCACUUCAUCAGUUCAUCAUGGCGGACAGGAGCAGGCAGAUUGUAUUUUCAUCAAUCCUGGAGUCACGUAUGUUGAAACAGGAGGGAUUACUGAUGGCCAGCAGCUUUAGAGUGGUCAUGAGACAGGUCAGGUGGUGCGAGGCACCACUUGCUGCAGGCCUUUUAUGUAUGUACCGAUAUGAUGCAGGGAGGGUGGUACAACUUCUGCGCCACUGUACUGCUGGCAGUGACCUGAAUGUCCACACCAGGCGUGGCACUCAGAGAGGCUGGAGCGAGGGGAGAGGACCGAGGGGAAGAGGUGGAGCGAGGGGAAGAGGUGCAAGACGACGGGCCCCUUCUCGGUCUCUCUUACCACCACAUGCUUCCGAACCCGAACCUCAUGACCCUGUUCCCUCUCCUGACCCUAACCAUUACAUAAAUGUAAGACCCCCCUCCCAAUAUCCUCCCCAACAUCAGCCCCAAUAUCCUCCCCAACAUCUGCCCCAAUAUUCUCCCCAACAUCUGCCCCAAUAUCCUCCCCAAAAUCUGCCCCAAUAUCCUCCCCAACAUCUGCCCCAAAAUCCUCACCCAACAACUCGUCCUCCCCAACAACGUCCCGUCUCGCCAUUCCAAGGGCGAGACAUGUUUUGUAAUCCCCCAAAUUUUAGUUAGGUACCCCCAAGUAGGUAAAAUUCUGAACAGGAACUAAUUUUUUGUAAAUAGUGCUAAAUUUUGAUUAUAUGAGAAUGACUUUGCUUUUUCAAAUAUAUUAUUCACUCUGGAACUGGCAAAUGCCUGAUGAUGUGCAUCUUAGUUGCAGUGUACACGGCAGUGUCCAGGCAUUUUAGAUUGUCUCACUUUUUUAUUAUUAGUCUCGGGUAGGGUACGAUAAGCGGACCUGGUUUUUUAUAUCGAAAUUGGCAAACGAUAUUACUU